AUGGAUUCUGCUUGCAUAUCAGUUUGUGUCAAUAGCAAAGAUAUCCCCAUUAGGCCAACCUUCGCAAACCUCUACAAAUGGCCAGAAUCAGAAGUAGAAUUUGUGAAGACUAUGAACACAAACAGUUAUCGCAACGGAGUUGAAUUUGAUAGUCUUUCUUGCAGGCAAAUGUAUUUGAGAAGCUACAAAUUCUCAAAGAAGAAAUUGAGUAUCACUGGGAAGACCAGAAAAUGUUUCAGCUGUGUAAAAGAGAGUGUGAUUUGUGCAAGCAAUAGACUGAACUAUAAUAUUAAGGGUAACCGUAAGAUUCUCGGAAGGGCUAAGUAUGUCACGCAUGCUGCUGUUUCAAUCUUUUAUAGGUUGCUUUCUCGGUCUGAUAAGGUUCAUGUUGCUCGUCAUGGUUACUGA